UUGCACGGCGAAUGUAAACAAAAUGGAGGCGCGAGUUCUGGUCGUGGUGUUGGCUGCGGUGUUAUCGGUAUCUGCCCAGAAUGAUGUCGGGGAGAGGAGGAAUAAUAGACUUAUCGACAGAAUAAAGUCGCAAGGUUAUCCCGCCGAGCUCCAUCAGGUGACCACAAAUGACGGCUAUGUUCUGAGCCUGCACCGCAUACCCCAUGGGAGAGACGGGUCUCCAGGACCGAGGCCCGUUGUUUUCGUGAUGCAUGGUCUCAUGAGCACCUCUAGCCAUUUCCUGCAUUUGGGCCCUGAAUAUGCCAUUGCAUAUAACCUCGCUGACGCCGGCUACGACGUGUGGAUGGGCAAUCAGCGCGGAAACAGAUAUUCCCGCGAACACGUCUCCCUCAACCCCGACGAUGCUGAAGAGAAGCUGGAAUUCUUCGACUACAGCUGGGAAGACGUCGGUACUAUCGAUCUCCCAGCGAUGAUAGACUACGCACUUGCCUUCACCGGACAGGAAAAGUUGCACUACAUCGGGCACUCCCAGGGAGGGACAGUCUUCUUAGUCCUAGCUUCGAUGGAUCCUGAGUAUAGUAAUAAGAAGAUCGCGAGCGCUCAUCUGCUGGCCGGUGUUGGAUAUAUGGAGAAUUUCCCCUUCCCACCUUUGAGGAGGCUCUCUGAUUCUGCAAGCAUUCUAUACUCUUUGGGUACUCGCAUGGGAAUAGUGGAAAUAUCGUUCGACGCUUUACGCCGGUCCGAGAGUCAGACAAUCGAACAAGAUGGAGUCGUCGAUUACUGCGCCGGAGAUGAGGAGUACAAGACGUUCUGUGAAAUGAUCGGAGUACCUUAUUUAAUGGCUGACCGUCUAACCUUACCCGCCAUUCCUGAAAUGGGCGGUUCAUCGCUCAAGCAGUUAGCCCACUACGCCCAAAACAUCAAAGACGGAUUAUUCAGACGUUGGGACUACGGCCUGUUGACCAACCUCCGAGUCUACAGAUCCCUCACCCCACCAUCAUUCGACCUUAGCAAAGUCACCGUGGAUGUAACCAUGCACUACUCGCUUAGCGAUAUCCUCUUACACGAGAUAGAUGUUCUAGCAAUGGCCGCUACGAUGCCCAAUACAAAAGCCAGGAAAAUUGAGAGAGAUACGUUUAGGCAUGUAGAUUAUAUUUUCUCAAAAGACUCUAAGGAAUUGGUGAACGAUUACAUAAUUGAGGCAUUAAACCAGUUUUGAGUGUA